CACUUAAAGAGAAUAACAAGCUACAUAAUGCAAAAUUUUGAAUCUUUAAUAUUUUGUCGCAUGUACAGAACCCCAAAACUUUGUCGGGGUGGGAAUAAUGAUAGAGGUGUGUAAGAAAAAUCAUAAAUCUUCUAAAUUUUUAUGAUCUUAUAAAGCUUCCAGUAUCGUUUCGAAGGCCGUGAGGACAAAAAACCAUUGCAAAGAUUACCGUCAUAAACAAGUUAAUCCAUCUUAUUCGGGCUUCUUGAAGCAAAAUACCGUGAAAGACGGCAAAGACAGAAUGAUGGAAUCUGUUGGAGACUUGGCUGCUGUUUCUACAAAAUCGGAAGACCACGCAGAGGUUCGCUCCUGCGUAAGUAAUAAUUAUUGUGCUGUGUGGUGCUGGAUACGAUUAAAAACGUAAAUGAAUAGAAUAUAACGUGUGUUAAAUUAUGUUGGGGGAUUUUAAAGCUAUGUGUCCGAUAACGUUUACGCGUGGGGACAGGAUAUCAACGACACCGCCUGUUGUCAGUGAUUCGGCUUAAUUGAGUUGAGGUAAUUAUAAUCAUUUUGUGUUAAUUAUCUCGUGCCGAGGUGAAUAUUAAUAUUUGUGGAUGAGAACAGAGAUGCAAUAAGAAUGACAGACAGAGAUGAGAUUUGUUGGAAGACAUUCUCUUCAGAAGACGAAGUUGUCAAACACAAAGAGAUACAGAAGAAGGGAAAACGGUUCCACUGUGAAAUAUGCAGGAAAUCAUUUCAUAGUAAAAGCCAUUUAAAGGGACAUCAAAGACUACAUACAGGUGAAAAACCCUUUCAUUGUGAAAUAUGCGGGGAAUCAUUUCGUUCAAAUAGUAUAUUAACAACACACAGAACUGUGCACAGUGGGAGAAAACUUUUCCAUUGUGAAAUAUGUAGGAAAAGUUUUAGCUGCAGUAGUAAUCUAAAGGGACAUCGAAGAAUUCAUACAGGGGAGAAACCCUUCCACUGUGAGAUAUGUGGAAAAUCAUUUCUUAGAAAUUCUGAUCUUGUUCUACACACACGUCGUCACACUGGGGAGAAACCAUUCAAGUGUGAAAUAUGUGCAAAAUCAUUUGUCUGUAAAAGUGAACUAAACAAACAUAAAAGGAUCCACUCUGAUGAGAAACCCUUCAGUUGUGAGAUCUGCGGGAAAUCAUUUCUUAGAAAUUCUGAUCUUGUUCUACACACUCGUAGUCACACUGGGGAAAAACCAUUCAAGUGUGAAAUAUGUCAGAAAUCAUUUGUUUGUAAAAGUGUACUAACAGCUCACAAAAGAAUCCACUCUGAUGAGAAACCCUUCAGUUGUGAGAUAUGCUUCAAAUCAUUUCUUAACAAUUCUGAUCUUGUUCUACACACACGUUGUCACACUGGGGAGAAACCAUACAACUGUGAGAUAUGUGCAAAAUCAUUUAUCUCAAAAUGUCGACUAAAAAUUCACAAAAGACUCCACACUGGAGCAAGACUGUUUCAUUGUGAGAUCUGUGGAAAAUAUUUUCUCUCCAAUUAUGCUUUAAACAGGCAUAAACAAACACAUACAGGGGAGAAGCCUCACCAUUGUGAGGUGUGUGGAAAAAGUUUCACUCAAGCCUCUCAUCUUGCAGUUCACAAACGGAUCCACACAGGAGAAAGACCUUUCCACUGCAGGGUUUGUGGCAAAUCUUAUAAUACAAAUUUUACUCUUGUUCUUCACUUACGUAGUCACACAGGUGAAAGACCUUUCCAUUGUGAAAUCUGUGGUAAAUCCUUCUCUAAUAAUUCUUCUCUUGUAGUUCACAAACGAACUCACACUGGAGAUAAACCUUUCCAUUGUGGAAUAUGUGGAAAGUCUUUUGUCAGGAGCAGCCACUUAAACACACACAAAUUUAUUCACUCUAGAGGAAAAAGGUUUCACUGUGAAAUGUGCGGGAAAUGGUUCACUCUUAAUUCUACGCUUGUCAUUCAUAAACGAAUUCACACUGGAGAUAAACCUUUCCAUUGUGGAAUAUGUGGAAAGUCUUUUGUCAGGAAUUCUACGCUUGUCAUUCAUAAACGAAUUCACACCGGAGAAAAGCCUUAUUGUUGUGAUAUAUGUGGCUCAUUGUUUGUCUCUCGCAGUAACUUAACGAAGCACGAACGAGUCCAUACAGGAGACAAACCAUUUGGCUGUGAAAUAUGUGGAAAAUCUUUUGUUUGUAGCAGUGACUUAACGAGGCAUAGAAGGGUCCAUACUGGGGAAAAACCUUUCCACUGUGAAAUAUGUGGAAAAUCUUUUUCUCAGAAUCCUCAUCUUGUAAUUCACAAACGUGGCCACACUGGAGAAAAGCCGUUCCACUGUGAAAUGUGUGGGACAUCAUUUGUGUCUAGCACUACCUUAACACAACACAAAAGGAUACACUCAAAAGAGAAAGCAUUUGGCUGUGAAAUAUGUGGGGAAUCUUUUGUUUGUAGCAGUAAAUUAACGAGGCAUAAAAGACUGCAUUCUGAACAGAAACGCUUCCACUGUGAAAUGUGUGGAAAAUCUUUUACUCUGAAUUCUCGUCUUGUAAUUCACAAACGUCAUCACACUGGAGAGAAGCCGUUCCACUGUGAAUUCUGUGGGACAUCGUUUGUGUCUGAGAGUGGCUUAACAAAACACAAAAGGAUACAUAAAGUUGAAGGACGUUUUUUUUGUGAAAUCUGUGGGAAAUGUUUUGCAUCUAACAGUAACUUAACAGAACACAAAAGGGUCCAUGCAGGGGAACAACGUUUUCCUUGUGAAAUCUGUGGGAAAUGUUUUGCAUAUAACAGUAACUUAACAGAACAUAAAAGGAUUCACUCUGGAGGGAAACCUUUUAACAGUGGAAUAUGAUAAAUCCUUAAAAACUUACCAGGAAUGGGACCAAAACAUAAGAAAACGAGAUCGGUUUGAGACGAAAUCGUUAGUAAACGAAUGAAGGACAAAAUAAUGAGCAGAAUAAAGGUUUAGGGCCCCAGGAAAACAAGGAUUAAAUGAAAAUAGUCGAUAGAGAGCAAGAAAAGCCUUUGGGCUGCUGGACAAGACAAGAAUGGGGAAUGCGAAAGAGAAAUGAAAACUGUUGUAAAGGACAAUGAACACUGGGUCGGUAGAGCAAGGAGCUCAAAAAAUUGUGACCAGUGCGGACGAGGGCAACGCGUAAAAAGAAUGACCACUGCCUCAGGCAAUCACCAAUCACAUUCUCAAGCAGUAAUGUAAUUUAGAUAGAGAUCGUUAUGGCCAGUGUCAUAGGCCACCGGCUGUUAGUGUCUGAAGGGGUGGUGUAGUGCUGUGUAUUUUCUGGAUGCAGAACCCUGGGUAACCCCAUAGAACAGCCAUAACUAUCUUCAUCUAAUAUAUAUGUAUGUGUGUAAAUAGGUUUCUUUGUGUCUGCAUCUGGCAAGUUAUCUAACGCCUUUCCUCAGUCUGGUAUAAUAAUAUAGAUCAGACUGGAGCCUGGUGCAGCCUCCUGGCUUCCCAGACCCUGGUCGAACUGUCCAACCCAUGCUAGCAUGGAAAACGGACAUUAAAUGAUGAUGAUAUGUAUGUGUGUGUGUAUAAUUUCAGUAAAUCAUGAAUAGAAAAGAGAAGUAUACUCUAAGUCAUAGAGUAAUUAGACAAAGGUAGUUAUGGGCAGUGUAUGGUUUUACACAGGGAUUUGAGUGCAUGAAGGGCUUAGCUUUACAGCAUCUCUUCAGAAAUUUAUGGUUGGUCACCAGGGGCAUAAGCUGUUACGAUCUGACAACUGCUCUAAAACUAAGCCCAGAGGCCAGCCACAACUAUCUUUAUCUAAUAUACAUGUUUCUUUCUGUUUGCAUCUUACAAGUUCUUUUCUCCGUCUGCUAUAAUAAUAUAGAACACUUGUCCAAGACAUCUCAUAGUGGGACUGAAACCGAUAUCAACAUGGUAUGGUUUAGAAAAGUGUCUAAAUUCUGUAAUGGUGGUCAUGUUGGAAUAUGAAACCAACAGCUGGAGAGAGAUUCAUCCAAGUGAAACCUUUUCACUUUACCUCGUCUAUCACUAAUUUUUAAUUAAAACCACAGGAAAUUCAAAAUCAUUUUAAAUAAAAAUUUAUUCUUUAUAUUCCUUAGACUAGCAUAAAACCACAAAUUAUUCAAUGAUGAAAUCAGAAACAAGCAAAGAACAUUCAAUGUAAAAAGCAGACUUUCCUUUUCUUUGUGUCAAUCAGAUCCAGCAAAAACAGAGA